CAUUCGGAUCGCAAUUUCGGGCCGAUCGGUCGUUCACUAGUUUGGGCCCGGGUCGGAUCGGAUCGGACCAAGUUUUGGCGAUCCGAAUAAACUGUAUCAGUAGAGCUCGAUAUUCUUGUCGAUUUCCGUUUUCAAAUCUCAUGAAUCUUCAAAUGAUCGUCUCUUCAGUAGCUCCGCCGCCAACUGUCGGCUCCGGAAUUUGUUUCCGGCUUAGAUCGAGGGUUACCGACGCCCACCUUACUUCAGUUUCCACAAAGCUGUUUUCUCCGUCUUCCACCUUUUUCCCCCUCCGAAAGGAUGUCAUUGGCAGCUUCAAAGCUUUUGAGAUCAAACUUGUUGAUAGAGUUUCUGUGUCCACAAAGGCGGAAAAUUACCUAGAACCUGAACCCGUGAAACAAGAUUUUAUGAGCGCAGAUGCUUUGACAUUAAAAUUUGAGGAUGCUGUUUUCUUAGAACCAGCAUCAUCUCCUGCUGCAAAGAAAUCGAAGAAGGAAGGUCCUGAGUCAUCUUCUGCUGCAAAGAAUUUGAAAAAGGAAAAGAAUCCCAAGCGACUUAGCACUAGUGCUGCUUUGAUAAAAAGCGCUGACCAUUUCCAAAUCUUCAGAUAUCCUCUUGGGACAGAGUCUGCAAUAAAGGCAAUGUUGGAAUGUAACACUUUGGUUUUUGUAGUCGACAAACGUGCUGAUAAGAAGAAUAUCAAAGAGGCUGCUAUAAAUAUGUUUAAGAUAAGGGUCAAGAAAGUGAAUACUUCGAUCACGCCUGAUGGAACCAAGAAGGCUUAUAUCAUGCUCCCACCGGAUUGCAAGGCUGCGGACGUGGCUAAGAGGAUUAAAAUCAUCUGAAGAUCAUACAUGUGAUCCUGAUUCCUGACCUUGCGAUUUUGCUUUACAACAACAAUUUAUUGAUUAUCAGCAUUCAGGUAUCUUAAUCUGUAGAUGUUUUCUAUGAUACCUAUUGUGGGCGAGGGGUGGGGGGUUGCCUUUGGUUUUGAAGCUGUUUAAUUCCUCAUAAAAAUCUGUCACUAACCCACCAUUCGCCUUAUAACUGUAUCUGGGGUUUUUUCCUUUUACUCGUGAAUGAGUAUGAUGAGGGAUAUUAGUUCGUUAUGGGCAGGCUUCUGGAUGUGUUUAGUAUCAGCGGAACUUUUCGUUGAUUGUUAGUGAUAAAGCAACUGAAAUCUUCUGAACUUUUUAUGUUUCUUGUGAAGGAAAGUGGAGGAUGGGAUUCUUGUGUGUCAGUUGAAACAAAUGGAGAUUAAGGGCCUAUUUUGUAGUGUGGUGUGUGUAUUUACUUAGUUAGGAUACGGAACUGGAUCAGUUUUGUGGAUCACGCUUGAUACGCAUAUGUAUUAACUGCCGUUUUCACCAAUGACAAUGAAGUUGUGCUUAUCAUCACAUGCUGAUAA